AUGGAGGGUUCAAAUGACAAUGAGAGUGAAUGUUUAGUACCUAUAGGGGCUCCUAAUGGGAGUCAACUUUUUGUACCUAAAUGUUUCAGAUUCAAUCCGAAGGAUGAUGAACUAAUUUCAGAUUUUCUCCUUCGCAAAUCUAAGUCAUUGCCAUUGGAUGUAGAUGUGAUUGCUGAGGUUGAUAUAUACAAGUUCAAUCCAUGGGAACUUCCAAAAAUGGCUCUUUAUGGUGAAGAAGAUUGGUACUUCUUCACCCUUAGGAAUGGAAAGCACCCUAACAGGGGUAGGCCAAACCGUUUAGCCGGAACAGGUUUUUGGAUGGCAACCGGACCCAAAAAGAUAAUUGGUCAUUCUUCUAAGGUCCAAGGCAUAAGAAAGUCAAUGGCUUUUUUUACUGGAAGAGUUCCUCAUGCGAGAAGAACCAAUUGGUUGAUGCACGAGUAUUCCCUUCUCGAUGUAGAUAGUAGUUCUACCGCGAAGGGUAGAAAGUCUUCUAGGGUCGAUGAAUGGGUGAUUGGUCGUGUCUACCAUAAAAAAGACACAAAAGAGAUGUACCACCCGACCCGGAAAAAUAAGAAAAAAAGAACAAGUGUUGAUGGGGUCGACUCUGGAACCAAGAUGACCCCCAUGUUGACGUUGGAAUCCCCCGACCUUGGAAGGCCGGUGGAUUCCGAAACAGGCAUUGGUUCUUCUAUCGAACUGAUGGUUGAUGAUUUGCUUGAUCAGCCGUUUCCCCCAGUACCGGAAAACAUUGAUUAUUUGUUUUAG